AUGGUCAUCAGGAACAACAUUGAUGAAUUCAAGCAUAACUACAGCAAUCUGCCUCCAAAUCAGCAGAGAAGAAAGCUGCUGCAGGAGCUGGACAAGACACGAACACAGAUUGACAGACUGACGCAAGCUAGAGAGGGCCUCUACAAGCUGCAGGGUGCAUAUGAACAGAAUGCAGCUCUGGGAGACCCUCAGACUAUCCAGGGAGAAAUAAAUGACAUUGGUGCCAAGCUUGAGAAGCUCCAAACAGAUUUGGAGAAGUAUCAGAACAACCUGACAGAGGUGUCCAGCCAGACGGGAACUCCCGAUACACAGAAGCGCUACGGUAGCAGCUUCUCGGAAGGCUCAUUGUCGCGCAGUGCCUCUGAGUCUAGCGUCUCCAAUAACCACCAGAACAACAACAAAGGAGCUCCAAUGCCCAUCACAGCGGAUAACAACACGGCCUGUCGUCCGGAAAGUGGCCUUGGAACACGUCACACAGCCAUCCCUGAUGGCGAUGCGGAAUUUGAGGACCAUGACUACGCAGAGGUCUCAUUUGAGCCAAACCUCUUGCCACCUCUUGGUCGGGCGGUGGCCAUCUACACUUUCGGUGGUAAUGGCAUUGGUCUUGGUUUGGAAUGCUUUCAUUGAAUUUUACUUCUCAGU